UAGCCGGAAGUGAGGUCAGACAGACAGAUCGUCUCCUCCAUGUUAUUAUUGUUAUUUUGACUGUGUGAUGGUGUAGGCGAGGACCCUGGUAGACUCCUUAAUAACACUUUUAAUCGUCUGUGAUUAUUUAUUGUGGCAGAAACGACCAUUGAAAGCGACCCUUUCGUGUUACCCGGGCGCUCAUCUCCGUGUCAUAUCUGUAUGGUUAAUUUUUUUGUUGUGCUACGCUAAAUAUCAAUAGGACGCCGCCACGGGCAGCGCUAGUUCUAGACUAGUGCUACCCGUGCACACAGAUCUGCUGCCGCUGACAUGAACGGCAUCACCAGAGGCAGGUUUGAGGUUUUCUCCAACAACGAUGAAGCACCGAUUAACAAAAAGCUCCCAAAGGAACUACUGCUUAGGAUUUUCUCUUACCUGGAUGUGGUCACCCUGUGCAGAUGCGCCCAGGUAUCGAAGGCUUGGAACAUCUUAGCCCUUGAUGGUAGCAACUGGCAAAAGAUCGACCUCUUCAAUUUCCAGACAGACAUAGAGGGCCGCGUGGUGGAGCACAUCUCCAAACGCUGUGGCGGUUUCCUGCGCCUGCUCAGUCUGCGAGGCUGCCUAAGCGUGGGAGAUGCCGCCAUGAAGACUUUUGCACAGAACUGCCGAAAUAUCGAGCACCUUAACUUGAACGGUUGCACAAAAAUCACUGACAGCACCUGCACCAGCCUUAGCAAAUUCUGCCCCAAACUGAAACACCUGGAUUUGACUUCCUGUGUGUCCAUAACAAACCAUUCGCUAAAGGCACUCAGUGAAGGCUGCAGGGGCCUGGAAAACUUGAAUAUCUCCUGGUGUGACCAGAUCACGCGGGAUGGAGUGGAGGCGCUGGUGCGUGGCUGUGGAGGCCUCAAGGCCCUCUUCCUGAGGGGUUGCACACAGCUGGAUGAUGAUGCACUGAAGCACUUACAGAAAUACUGCCCAGAGCUUGUGACAAUCAACAUGCAGUCAUGUACAGUGACGGAUGAGGGCCUGGUGCUCCUCUGCCGCGGCUGUCACAAGCUGCAGACCCUCUGCAUCUCCGGCUGCAGCAGCAUCACUGACGCCUCCCUCACUGCCCUGGGCCUCAACUGCCCCCACCUGAAGAUCCUGGAGGCGGCUCGCUGCUCCCACGUCACUGAUGCCGGCUUCGCUGUCCUGGCCCGGAAUUGUCAUGAACUGGAAAAAAUGGACUUGGAAGAAUGUAUUUUGGUGACAGACAACACGUUAGUCCAGCUCUCCAUUCACUGUCCUCUGCUCCAGGCCUUGAGCCUGUCCCACUGUGAGCUGAUUACAGACGACGGUAUCCGGCAUUUGAGCAGCAGCACCUGUGGUCAGGAGCACCUCCAGGUGGUAGAACUGGAUAACUGUCCUCUCAUCACCGACCUCACGUUGGAGCAUCUGAAGAGCUGCCACCACCUGGAACGUAUUGAGCUGUACGACUGCCAGCAGGUCACACGGGCCGGAAUCAAGAGGAUCCGGGCACAUCUGCCAGAGAUCAAAGUGCACGCCUACUUUGCGCCAGUGACUCCGCCCCCGUCGGUCCAUGGCGGCGGACAGCGACUCUGCAGGUGCUGCAUCAUCCUUUGACAGCUGAGGCCUUUCGGGCCGCGAGGGGAGGGUGGGCAUCUCCAUUUGACGUGUGAAUCACCGUAACCGACGCUGGCGAUAAUCAGUACAGACAUCCUGCCUGAGUGUGUGUGGGACUGGGGGGGGGUGGGGGGCGGGGUCACAGUCUCAUGUAAAGGGGAACGGCAGAGAUGGUUCUGAUCAUUCACCUUCCUGCAGCACUUAUGAUAAAGACAUUUGAGAUGGGAAGUGUGGUGAGUCAGGUUUGUUUGUGGUAACAAUACAAAGGUCUGUGAAAAAGAAUACAAAGCAGAGAGUGACAGUGUAGAAGGUGAAUCUGCUUGACUUGUAGGUUGUGUGGCCAUGUUACUGGAUCAUGAGCUCCACCAAUCACCCGAGCUGCCCUUGUGUUACAUCGGUUCUUCCUCUGGAAUUGUGGGAUAUGGAGAUCCGGAAUUACUCAGGCGCUCUGAACAGCUGCCUCUGAGCGACACUUGGGUUCCGUUGUGCGUUUUAGGACUAUCAGUUUGGGAUGUAGGCUUGGUUUGUAUGAGGAGGUUCUGGAGAACAGUGACCCACAGUUACUGACGGUACUCGUGUGCCGACCCAAAUCAAGUUUUUGAGAUUUUCUUUUGUACGUCAGUGCUUGUGGUUUUCGUCCAGGCUUUGUUUCUCUGAUGGUAAGCUUUUAUUUUAUUCUGUUUUUUUAGAAUUUAGCAAAGGAAAUAAUUUUGUUGACUUUGAAAGGACAACAGUUUUGGGCAUAAGCUGGGAACACGGACAUCUUGCUAUGUUUCAAAAAACAAUUUGCCUGCAAUGUACAACUAAUUAUUAAAAAUAAAAUUAUACUCCCGUUAUAA